AUGGCGCUUAUGCUCUCUUCACAGACCGGCGCCGUCCUCCAAGCUCCUCCGCUCCACAGGCACAAUCCCGGCAGGAUCCCGGCCGCCGCAUCUCUACCAUUGCCGAAACCUCUUCUCCCGAGACUUUCACUCUCCCAUCGAAUUAAUGCCCCAAAGCCCAGGGUUAGGGUUUUGGCUGCGCUAUCCUCGCAAUCCUCGCCAGUCCCCACGCUGUCUCCUCCAUCCGAUUCCCAAAUCGCGCUCACCGGAGCAACUCGGACGGUCGCCACAAUCGUAACCCUAGCCUUGUCCCUGUCGCGCCUGCUCGUCAACAAGCUCGCUCUGUCGGUGCCGGGAUGUGCGAUCGGCUCGGGAGCGGCGGUGGUUCGCUCCGCCGGCCCUCUCUUCUUCGCGGCGCUCAAGGACCGCCCCAGCGGAUAUCUCAACACCCCGUUGACCGUGGUGGCGGCGGGGCUGGCGAAGUGGCUGGAUAUCUACAGUGGCGUGCUGAUGGUGAGGGUGCUGCUGAGUUGGUUCCCGAACAUCCCGUGGGAGCGGCAGCCAUUGUCGGCUAUAAGGGACCUGUGCGACCCGUACCUCAACUUGUUCAGGAAUAUCAUCCCUCCCAUUUUCGAUACCCUGGAUGUGAGCCCGCUGCUGGCUUUUGCUGUUCUGGGGACGCUUGGGUCUAUUCUCAACAGCAGCAGGGGAAUGUAUUGA